CCCUCUCCUCAACAAAACCUGUAGCCCAUCCUCUCACACUCCUACAGCUCUUCACCAACUUCUUGUCAACCGUCAAUUGACCUCACUCCUACCCAACGAAACCCGAAUCCAACAACCAACCACAACCAUGGGCAAGGCCAAGUACAUCAUGCUCGACUGCGACAACACGCUCGUCCAGUCUGAGCGUCUGGCCUUCGAGGCCUGCGCCGAGCUCACCAACAUUGUCCUGGAAAACCACAAGAUCGAUGCCCGCUACACGGCCGAGUCGCUGCUCGAAGACUUCGUCGGCCACAACUUCCGCGGCAUGCUCCAGGGCCUGCAGAAGAAGCACAACUUCACCAUGCCCCAGGCAGAGCUCGACGACUUUGUCCAGCGGGAGCUCGGUGCCGUCACGCGCAAGCUUAGCGAGAAGGCCGUCGAGUGCCCUGGUGUGACCAACGAGCUCAACAAGCUCAAGGAGCAGGGCUACCCCAUGUCCGUCGUCAGCACCUCGGCCAAGAGCCGUGUCGUUGCGUCCAUCGAGAAGGCCGGCAUUGCCCACUUCUUCCCUCCCCAGCACGUAUACUCGGCCGCCACCUCGCUCGACCCGCCCAGCUCCAAGCCCGACCCCGCCAUCUACCUCUACGCCGCAGAACAGCUUGGCGUCAAGCCUCACGAGGCCAUCACGGUCGAGGACAGCAAGUCUGGUGCUACUGCCGCUAUGCGCGCGGGCAUUCCUUGCAUCGGAUACGUUGGCAUCUACGGCAUUGAGGAGGGCAAAGAUAAGAUGGAGCAGAUGGCCAAGCUCCUCACCGACGAGACCAAGUGCGCCGCCAUCAUGUACGACUGGAAGGAGUUCCAGGACUGCCUGAAGAAGGUCGAGGCCAAGUUGUAGACGACUCUGGAGGCUUGACGACGGCAAAUCUGACGAGCUCUACGUGCGACUGCAGUAGACAUUACGACACGACAUGGAUGACGAACAAAAUCACGGCAUGACUGAACAUAUAGAA